AUGUGGAAACAGAGUCAAAGGAAAGGGUCCUGCAGCAGUAAAUCCGAGGACGUAGCAGAGAUCAAUCUUCAGGAAUCUCUCAAAGAGGGCCACGCAGAGGGAGGACAUCACCGGAAAAGUAUCUGCUCGGUGGGUGCCAUUUCUCAGGUCAGCAUUCCCCCGUGGCUCGAGGGCAACUAUAAUUAUUACAUUGAGGAUGAGGAGGAAGGCGAGGAGUUGGAGGAGUGGGAGAAGGAGCUCCCAGAAGAUAAUCCGCCACAGGAUACUGAAAUGGCUCCAGACGCUCCCAGCACCCAGGGCACUUCCUCCACGCUGAACGUCAACGUGGGUGGCCAGAGCUACAGCCUGGACUAUCGAGGACUGCUCUGCUACCCCAAGACGCGCCUGGGCCGCCUGGCUACCUCCACCAGCCGCAGCCGCCAGCUAAGCCUCUGCGACGACUACGUGGCCCAGGCCGACGAGUACUUCUUCGACCGCGACCCCGCCGUCUUCCAACUGGUCUACAACUUCUACUCGUCCGGGGUGCUGCUGGUGCGGGACGAGCUGUGCCCGCGCAGCUUCCUGGAGGAGCUGGGCUACUGGGGCGUCCGGCUCAAGUACACCCCGCGCUGCUGCCGCAUCUGCUUCGAGGAGCGGCGGGACGAGCUGAGCGAGCAGCUCAAGAUCCAGCGGGAGCUGCGCGCCCAGGCCCAGGUGGAGGAGGCCGAGGAGCUCUUCCGCGACAUGCGCUACUACGGGCCGCUUCGCCGCCGCCUCUGGAACCUCAUGGAGAAGCCCUUCUCCUCGGUGGCGGCCAAGGUCAUCGGCGUCGCCUCCAGCUUCUUCGUCCUCAUCUCCGUGGUGGCGAUGGCCCUCAACACCGUGGAGGAGAUGCAGCACCACACGGAGCCGGGCUCGGGCGGCGGGGACCCGCGCCCCAUCCUGGAGCACGUGGAGACGCUCUGCAUCGCCUUCUUCACCCUGGAGUACUUGCUGCGCCUGGCGUCCACGCCCGACCUGCGGCGCUUCGCCCGCAGCGCGCUCAACCUGGUGGACCUCAUCGCCAUCCUGCCUCUCUACCUACAGCUGCUGCUAGAGAGCUUCAUGGGCGAGGACCAGGGCCGAGGCAAGGGCUCGCCCCGAGAGCACGACAUCGAGACCGUGGGCUGUGUGGGCAAGGUGGGCCAGGUGCUGCGCAUCAUGCGCCUCAUGCGGAUCUUCCGCAUCCUCAAGCUGGCCCGCCACUCCACAGGGCUUCGGGCCUUCGGCUUCACGCUGCGGCAGUGCUACCAGCAGGUGGGCUGCCUCAUGCUCUUCAUCACCAUGGGGAUCUUUGCCUUCUCAGCCGCUGUCUACUCGGUGGAGCACGACGUAGUGGGCACCAACUUCACCAGCAUCCCCCAUGCCUGGUGGUGGGCCGCUGUGAGCAUAUCCACAGUAGGCUAUGGAGACAUGUAUCCAGAGACUCACCUAGGCAGGCUUUUUGCUUUCCUCUGCAUUGCGUUUGGAAUCAUCCUAAACGGGAUGCCCAUCUCAAUUCUCUACAACAAGUUCUCUGAUUUCUACAGCAAACUGAAAGCCUAUGAGUACACUGCCGUGAGGAGGGAAAGAGGAAAGGUCAAUUUUACCAAAAGAGCCAUGAAGAAAAUGUCCGAAUGUCUAACCAGAAGCCUUACCCGUCAGGUUCCGAGGCAAGGGAGUUAA